GAACAAAAACGUUAAUUUACGAAUAUGUCGUCUGAAGCGACGACCGGUUACAACUAAUGAUCAGCCUGUAGCAGCAGAAUUUAGAACUUCUGAUGGCGACAAACGUUAGCUUACCGGCUGUGUGCCCCUCGUGUGCUGCCGGCGGAAUUCGUUCAUCAGUGAAGCUGUACCAGAUAAAUCUGGAACAAGCUGCUGUUUUCUGUGAAAAUACCUCAUGUCCCUUUCCACUGUUUUCACAGGAUGUCUGCCCGUUAGUAGUAUCACAUGUUGCAGCACCCAUACCAGCUGCAAACUCUAAAUUCAAAACAAGAAGCAUGGAUACAGAAUCUAUGACGUCAAGUUGCUCUGUUUCCUCUUGGGCGUCACAUGGAAGUACUAUAAGCAGUCUCUCAAGCAAUGUAGCUACUCCACCACCAUCAAUAAGCAGCAAGCCCUUUACCUGGCCAUCGAGUCAAUAUUCAGUUUACCAACCUAAAGCCAUGGCUCCAAAGCAAAAUAAUGUUUUUGAUUGGAUAACUCCAAUUUCUUCAUCUCAGUCCAGUCCUGCGUCUUCCGUAUUCAGCGUCAAUGACAGAGAAGUGGAGAUGGUAAUGGACAAGUCAGCAUGUCCUACUCCUAAUUCUGGACUAACCCCAAGCCCAAGCCCUACUUUAUCAGAUAUUUUGGAAGCUGUGGGAAGCCAACCAUCAGAUAACAAUGAUUCCUACAUCGAGUCACUGUGCUCAUUCUUUGAUGAAGUGAGCGAGGCACCAACCCCCACCAUCAACUCUCCUGCCAACGAGGAAACAACUUACACGGUGACAGAAUUAGUCGGUGUGCAAAGUGCUACGGUUACGGAUCUGCUGAGUCAACAACUUCUAGAAGCUGCAACCCCAGUCCGUCAAUCAACAAAACGAGUGAAUGAAGGGAGUGAUUUAGACGAAUCUAACUCUCAAUCGUUGGAUUCAACCUCACCAGCCGUGGCCUCAUGGAAAAACAUUGAACUUCCGAAAAAGAAAUCGUCAGUUAUUCCGAAAAAGAAAUCGUCAGUAAUUCCGAAGAAACCUCAAACACCUCAAACACCUCGAGUGAGAAAACCCCGCGCCAGGUCUAGUUUAACUAGUUCAGGCGAAAGCACAUCUUCCUCAACACCUACUCCACAAUCGCUUAUUUCUCAGCCUCAAGUAGCUGUAGCCGUGAAUGAUGAAGGGACGACUGUCUUUACCAUUAACUCCCUCGCGCUCCCUUCAACGCCCCGACCACCAUCAUCCGCAAAGAAAGUAAAAGCCACCGAUAGCCGUUCUCGCAUUCGUCGUCCUAGUAAAACUAGCAAUCCUCCUAGAGCCGCCACUGUGAAACCUGCCGAAAAACAUACUAAAAAAGAAGCCUUCUGCGUCCAGUCUUUGGUUAACAAGUUUAUUCUAGCAGCCAAAAACAAGAAACUCCCUUAGUCUAAAACUACAUCACAAUUAAAGGCAAAGUUUUAAUGCAUUAUUUAAGUGUAUUCGAGAUCUCUUUUCAACUGUUUGCAUGAUCAACUUGAACCUGAAUGUUGAGUGAUGACUAGAUGGUACCCCCCAUUUUUUUUUUUUUUUUUAUUCCUUUUUUUUUCAUUAAUUUUCGUUCUGGCUUUCGCCACAUUGCUCAAGUAGCCUCUGUUUAACGAAUGUGUAGAACAUGUAUUCCAUCGUCAAGUUAUUUCGCAGAACCAUUUGUAAGUCCUCGCGCAGCUGCCUUGGACGCCCGUAAUUUUUAUUUUUCUUUGGUUCUAGUAAAGAUGAAACUAUUUUACAAGGAAAAGUGCAAAUUUUUGUUCGUUUGCCUUACCCAGAAGUUCGUUAAAAUACAACUGUUGAACACC